GUGGGCAAGCUCGCAGUGCACACCGGGAAACUCGGUCCUCCGACCCCAUCUUGCUUUGCUGUCUGCAGCGGUGACCGUGGGAAAGGGCAACUGCUAGAGCCAUGAAGCUCCUCAGCAGGGCCGGGUCCUUCUCGAGAUUUUAUUCCCUCAAAGUUGCCCCGAAGGUUAAAACUUCAGCAGCCCCUGGAGGAGUGCCUCUGCAGCCUCAGGAUCUUGAGUUUACCAAAUUACCAAAUGGUUUGGUGAUUGCUUCUCUGGAAAACUAUGCUCCUCUGUCAAGAAUCGGCUUGUUCGUUAAAGCAGGCAGUAGAUAUGAGGACUCCAACAACUUGGGAACCUCACAUUUACUACGUCUUGCAUCUAGUUUGACUACCAAAGGAGCUUCAUCUUUCAAGAUAACCCGUGGGAUUGAAGCAGUUGGUGGUAAAUUAAGUGUGACUGCAACAAGGGAAAACAUGGCGUACACUGUAGAAGGCAUUCGGAGUGAUAUUGAGAUCCUCAUGGAGUUCCUGCUCAAUGUCACCACAGCACCCGAGUUUCGCCGUUGGGAAGUAGCUGCCCUGCGGUCUCAGCUAAAGAUUGACAAAGCUGUUGCCUUUCAGAAUUCACAGACCCGUAUCAUUGAGAACUUGCAUGAUGUUGCCUACAAGAAUGCCUUGGCUAAUCCUUUGUACUGUCCUGACUAUAGGAUGGGGAAGAUAACAUCAGAGGAAUUACAUUACUUUGUUCAGAACCACUUCACAAGUGCAAGAAUGGCUCUGGUUGGACUUGGUGUGAGUCAUUCUGUCUUAAAGCAGGUGGCUGAACAAUUUCUCAACAUGAGGGGUGGCCUUGGUUUAGCUGGUGCAAAAGCCAAAUACCGUGGAGGUGAAAUUAGAGAGCAGAAUGGAGACAACCUGGUCCAUGCUGCUAUUGUUGCAGAAAGUGCUGCCAUUGGAAAUGCAGAGGCAAAUGCAUUCAGUGUACUUCAGCAUCUUCUUGGUGCUGGACCACAUAUCAAAAGGGGCAACAACACCACCAGCCUCCUGAGCCAGAGUGUUGCCAAAGGAAGUCACCAGCCUUUUGAUGUUUCUGCAUUUAAUGCCAGUUACUCAGACUCUGGGCUCUUUGGAAUUUACACUAUUUCCCAGGCUGCAGCUGCUGGAGAGGUUAUCAAUGCUGCCUACAACCAAGUCAAAGCAGUUGCUCAAGGAAACCUUUCCAGUGCAGAUGUCCAAGCUGCCAAGAACAAGCUAAAAGCUGGAUAUCUAAUGUCUGUGGAGACGUCAGAGGGCUUCCUGAGUGAAAUUGGGUCACAGGCUCUAGCUGCAGGUUCUUAUAUGCCACCUUCUACCGUCCUUCAACAGAUUGACUCCGUGGCUGAUGCUGAUGUUGUAAAGGCUGCAAAAAAGUUUGUUUCUGGCAAGAAGUCAAUGGCAGCGAGUGGAAACUUGGGACAUACGCCUUUUCUCGACGAGUUAUAACACAUGCGUGUAUUUAAAGCUCAGCCCAGACCAGCAAGCACAUCAAAGUCAGGUCUCUUAAUAAUUAAUUAAUGUUAAUUCAACAUUUUCUCAAUGAAGUAAAAAAAAAAAAAACUUAAAAGCAUAGUGACUCCCAGCUGUCCUAGUGUCAAUAAAGCAUUGUGUGUAAAUGUUCUUCUUGCAUUCUUUCUAAGCAGUCAGCAAGUAUUUAUUAAAUGCUUUAAGGAAAACAAUAAUAGAGUAAUUUUUGAGUUCGCCAAUUACAUCAAUUAAGAAAUUUCAGAAACUGUUAAAAUUGAGGCUAAGCAGCUUUAAAAGUAAAAAUUCCAGAUUAUUACUGGUGGCUUUUUAAAAUAAAAACAACUUUAACACUUGAACAGCCUGGAUUUUGCCCCAUGUACAGUAAACCUGCGUUUCUG